GAAUCAAAAUCGGAGGGGUAUGAAAUAAGAAAAGCAGAGUUGGACAGCGACGGAGACACGCGGUGAGAAAGACCUCGGUAACGUGUCACAUGUGAGUGUUCGCUCUAUUUUUAGUGCAGGAAUGCACACAGAGGCCUCGUGGAGAGAGACACCACAACAACCAACAGAACUCCAAACACUUCUGCAAAUACUCAGUCCCAUCUGGAACACAGCGUCAACACAAGCAGCCAGGGCGAAAACAACACAGGAACAUGUCAAGACACGGCUUCUGCUGACAUCUUUGAUCCGAAAACAAACCGGGAACACCAUCAAUCUUGGAACAGGACACAGGAGGUAAAGUAUGGACCAACCAGUUGUUGAAGUCUUCAGCUAUAAGGACAACGAACAUUCCUCCAAUUUGCUUCUUGAGCUCAACGGGCUGAGACAGGAGAACAUCCUGACCGAUGUGUGGUUGUGUUCGGAUGCCAGAGAGAUCCCAUGCCACCGUAGCGUCCUGGUGUCCAGCAGCCCUUACUUCCGAGCCAUGUUCUGCAGUAACUUCAUAGAGAGACAGCAAGCCAAAAUUGACUUGAAGAACAUCAGCUGGUCCAUUCUGCGGAGCAUUGUCGAUUAUGUUUACACAGGACUUGUGAGCAUCAGCAUGGAUAUUGUGCUGCCUCUUAUGCAAGCAGCAUCCAUGUUACAAUAUGGCCGCCUUUUUGAGGCCUGCUCUAGUUUUCUCCAGCAGCAGCUUAGUCCACACAACUGCUUGAGCAUGAUAAGACUCUCCGAUAUCAUGAGUUGUAACAGUUUGAGAGACAAGGCAAAGGAAAUGGCCUUGAAGAGCUUCUCCGAUGUGUCAGCCUCAGAGGAUCUGUGUGAGCUAUCGUUACCAGAGCUCAUGGGAUACCUGGAGGAUGAUGAUCUUUGUGCAGAAGAGGAGCAGGUGUUUGAGACACUUGUCGCUUGGAUCCACCACGAUCCUUUAUCUAGACGUGGCACUGUCAGCGAUCUCUUCAAGAAAGUUCGUCUUCGCUACAUCCACCCCACCUACCUUUUCAAGUUCAUAGCCAACGACCCUCUGAUCCAGUCCUCUACCCUCUGCACUGAGCUCAUUGAAUCUGUACGGCGACUCAUGAUUGCUGUUGACACAAAAUGGACUGACGACUCAGCACCUGACUUAAAACCUCUUUGGUCAGUGGCAAGGCGCUACACCUACAGUGACAUGUUGGUGGUUGUAGGAGGGAGGAAGAACAACGAACAGACUUCAAGGGAGGCUCUAGUCUUUGAUGAGAAGAACCAGAAGUGGCGGUGGCUUGCCAAGCUACCCAUCCGUCUGUACAAAGCCGCCUAUGUUGGCCUUCACAGUGUCUUGUAUGUUAUUGGCGGCUUAGUCACAAACACAAAGUGUAGGCAAGUCAGUAAGACCGUUUACACCCUCUCACUCAAGACCAACCACUGGCGGACAGCAGAGCCAAUGCUAGAGCCACGCUUUGCCCACCAGAGUGUAUCCUAUCUGCACUUUAUCUUUGUUCUGGGUGGCGUCGGUCCUGACACACGAGUGUCAGACAGUGUAGAGAGGUACAACAGCAUGUUCAACCAGUGGGAGAGGAUGGCGCCCAUGCCUGAAGCUGUGCUGAAUGCAGCGGUAGCUGCUACUAACCAGAGGAUCUACAUGUUUGGAGGAGAAGAUGCCAUGCACACCUCGGUCAGAAUAAUACAGGUGUAUCACAUUGGCAGAAACUUGUGGUCUAAGAUGGAGAACAGAACGGUGAAGAACAUCUCUGCUCCUGCCGCAGCUAUUGAUGAUAAAAUCUACAUCAUUGGAGGAUACACCAGGAGAAUGAUUGCAUACGACACCAAGGCUAACUGCUUCACGAAGUGUGCCAACCUGAAGGAGAGGAGGAUGCACCACUCUGCCACAGUUCUCAAUAACACUGUCUACAUCACAGGAGGGCGCUACAUCAGUGGACAUGAUGUCAUCAAGGAUGCUGAUAAUUUCGAGUGUUAUGACCCAAAGACAGACACGUGGGCUUCAAAAGGGUCCCUGCCUCAUAAACUGUUUGACCACGGCUCCCUGACGUUGGCCUGUGUCACACAGACAUGGGCAAACACGUAACAUCAUAUUUUAUCAUUGCCAUUUUAACUUAAGAAUGUGGCAAUCAAAAUUUGCUCAUGCAGGAAUAGAGUAGUUAUCGAUAUGGUUAAUUUUGCGUGUAGCAAAUUCUCCGGUUUCCAUUUACAGUACUGUAAUAAACAUUUAGGCACAUUUAAUGUGUAUAAGGCCUUUGAAAAUAAUAAAAAUCUAGUAAAUAUCUGUGACCAUCUUUGUUUACACAAUAAAAUGACUAUUUUUUUAUUUUUUUAUCUGUUGGUCAAUGUUUAAGAAACCUACGUUGAAUUAAAUUAUUCAGGAAUCAUUGUCUUUUUGUUGUCAUAUAUUAACAGUAUACUUCAUUUUUUUUUUAACAGUGAGGUUUAUCAUUGUAUAAUUUGUUAUUUAUUUAAAGAAAUAGAAAAUACAAUGAUUUUUGUUGGAACAGCAGACCAAUAUUUGGAUAUUUCACAUUUCAUUUUGGCUCACUGACGAAGGAAAAAAUAGAUUUUUGCACAGUUCUGUACACAAAAGCAAUGUUUACUUCAGUGUAACACUGAUAGUGAAAAAUGUAUGUAUAAAUAUAUGUUGUUGUUUUUUUCUUGUUACUUUUAUCUUUUCCUUUUACUUUCUUCCUUUACUCUUUCUGUUUUGUUUUUCUUGAUACUUUUUCUUGUUACUUUCUUCUACUUUUUCUUGAAACAUUUUCCUGUUAGUUUUGCUACUGACUUUGUCUUGUCACUUUCCUUCUACUUUCUAUCGUACAAUUGAAGUCGAGUUAUCCUGCUGCACGCUCCUCUUGGAACACGAAUAAAAAAAAUUCUAUUUUUGCACUGUUUACAUCAUGACAUUUCACUUGUCAUGUUUAAAUCCUGGAGCUUUGUGCUGUUUGAUAUAAAUCUGCAUCAGUCUUUGCUUCACCUUCGCAUAAAUGUUUUUUUUUUCAGUAUUAAAAAAG